CUAUAAAGCGUCUGCGAGCACAUAGAAACAUGGCUGCUAAGAGAAGUUCAAAAGUGGUUAUGCUAUUAACUAUCAGCCAUAGUAUACUUUUAUAUUAUUCCCAUGCAUUAAAAAAUGAUGAAUUCUUCGAAGAAUUGUACGUGAAACCCCUAGAGAGUGGCCAUGUCUACUUCCAUUUCCAGUUUACAUCAAUAUGGAAUGUGUCCUUCAUGAACCCGAUGUCUUCCAACACUAUCGUCUCUUUCCCAAGUCUCUUGGGGAUGUUCUGGCAACAUACCAAGUUACAAGAACUUCAUCUAACACAGACUCAGGGCGUAUGGCGUCAUCAGAUUUGGGGAUACCCUAUAGAGGAUGCAGCCCCAGGUGCAGAGUUGUGGGUUUGGUUUAAACCUGAAGUAAAAGAUGUGGACAAGACAUGGGCUGAUCUUGUUAAUGCAGUGUCAGGUCUUUUCUGUUCAUCACUGAAUUUCCUUGAUGCAAAGUCAACAGUGGCACCUCGCUGGAGCUUUAAGCCAAGAGGGUUGACUCCUGAAAGCUAUGCAGCAAGUUCAGAGUAUGUCCGAUAUGGUGCUCUUCCUCAUGAAGUUGUCUGCACAGAGAAUCUCACUCCAUGGAAGAAACUUCUGCCAUGUGAUUCAAAGGCUGGUUUGGCAACUUUGUUCAAGGCUGACCGUCUUUACAAUGCAGACUACCACUCACUUACAGUCCACUUUCGGCCUAUUUGUGCAGAUUCUAAAUGCAGCUCUGCGGCUGUGGAAUUGACACAAUCAUUAUUACUUGUGGUGGAUGCUACUAUCAACAACAAUAGACAGCAAGACUGGUCUCUUCGAAAAGUGUUUGGUCAGCCAUUGACAUCACAGUGCCCUCUUGCUAGUUCCAGCAGAGUUUUUGUAGACAUGACUGACAACUUGGAAGGAAAAAAAUUCACUUUAAGCCCCCAGCCUACUCAGCAGCAGGAAUUUCUUCGUGGAGGUAAACACCGGCAGUUUUCUAUUUACGAAGUUGGUGAGUUUACUUCCAUUGGCAAAGCACUGAAUAUUGCUGCACAGCAUGAGUCACCAGUCCAGUAUGGCAUGGUGUCUGCUCCUCCUGUCUAUGCCCACAGAUACAUUACAGGCUAUGGCCUUGAGAAUGGAGGAAUCAGCUGUCACAUCUUUAAUACUAUAGACGCAUACAUCCCAGUUGUGUAUAUGGAUACUUUACCAUGGUUCACAAGGGUUUUCUUUAAGUCUGUGACAGUAGGAAACAGAGGAAGAAACGUCCCCUACAAAGUGCACUAUAUACCAGGCAGAGAUCGUGAGCGCUCAUAUCAUAUUGAAAUGGCCUUCAGUCUGGCACCUAUGUCCGUGACCAAAGUGAGCUUCCAGUUUGAGCGAGCUUUCUUGAAAUGGACAGAAUAUCCUCCAGAUGCCAAUCAUGGAUUUUACAUUAACUCGGCUGUCAUCUCUACAAUCUUACCAACAGCUUCACACUUCACAUCUUUGCCUUUGAAUGCAUCAACCAUAGUGCAAAUAUUGAAUGACAGCUCGACCCAGUUCUUCUUACGACUGCAUACGGAAUCCUUGCUAGUUUCCCUGCCAACACCUGACUUCAGCAUGCCAUACAACGUCAUCUGCCUUGCGUGUACUGUUGUUGCAGUGGCAUUUGGUUCUGUGCAUAAUCUCACUACGCGACGAUUUGUUCUGCUAGAUCCAGCCACAACUAAAGGCCUUUUAGCCAGAUUAAAAGGCCUCUUAAGUUUCAGAAGAAAGAAAGCUCCUCAGACUCCAGCGUCUGAAGAAACAGAAUCAGUAAACGUUAAGAGCUCUACAGAACAAAAAGAGACAAAUUUGCCAACAGUAGAAUAAUGAAAACAAAAGAUUCUGAA